CCGCCGCCGGGGGCGGGCUGGGGGCGGCAGCGGCGGCGCGGGCUGCGGCUGCCUCCGGCUGCCUCCCGCCGCGGGGCGCGGAGCGGGGCGGCCGCGGGGAGCGCCCAUCACCCCGCGGCGGCGCGGGAGCCCAGGACGCGGAUAGAGCUAGUGCUGCUUCAGGUCUGGGUCAGAGCAGAGAUUUCCAGAAGUCCACGAGUAAAGCUGGAGCACAAACCCAUGGGUGUCCAGCUUGUGGCAGACCUUGGGCUCCUGCUCAUCAGUGGUACCACUUUUCUGGCCUUGUUACUGCUACAAAUGGAAGGUGCAUGAUUUGGCAGCUUUGGAGCAAUGCAGGACACGCUGAUUGCAUCCAUGCAGUGCCACUGGCUUGGAAGAAGGUUCACCAAAGCAGACGAGUCCUGCCUCUCAUCCUGCAGAAGAUAAAUGCCAGAGGAGCUGCUGUCUAAAUGGGUCCAGUCAUGCCUCCCAGUAAGAAGCCAGAGGGCUCAGGAAUUAGUGUUCCCAGUGGAUUGAGCCAGCGUUAUCAAGAUAGUGAUUUAUCAAAGGCACUUCAUGAUGACGAGGACCUAGAUUUCUCUUUGCCUGCCAUCAGAUUAGAUAAAGGGGCCAUGGAAGAUGAAGAACUAACUAAUUUGAACUGGUUACAUGAGAGCAAGAACUUGCUGAAAAGCUUUGGGGACUCGGUGUUAAGGAGUGUUAGCCCUGUUCAGGACAUCAGUGAUGACACGCCGCCGUCUCCUGCCCACUCUGACAUGCCCUACGAUGCCAAGCAGAACCCCAACUGCAAACCUCCUUAUUCCUUUAGCUGCCUCAUAUUUAUGGCCAUUGAGGAUUCACCAACCAAAAGACUGCCUGUAAAGGAUAUAUACAACUGGAUCUUGGAACACUUUCCAUAUUUUGCAAAUGCACCCACUGGAUGGAAAAAUUCUGUGCGACAUAAUCUGUCCUUGAAUAAGUGUUUUAAGAAAGUGGACAAAGACCGAAGUCAGAGUAUUGGAAAGGGGUCCUUGUGGUGUAUAGACCCAGAAUAUAGACAAAAUCUUAUUCAGGCUUUGAAAAAGACACCCUAUCACCCAUAUUCGCAUGUGUUCAAUACACCUCCCACAUCUCCUCAGGCAUAUCAAAGCACAUCAGGUCCACCCAUUUGGCCAGGAAGCACCUUUUUCAAGAGAAAUGGAGCCCUUCUACAAGAUCCUGACAUUGAUGCUGCCACUGCCAUGAUGCUUUUGAAUACUCCCCCUGAGAUACAAGCAGGUUUUCCUUCGGGAGUGAUACAAAAUGGAGCUCGAGUACUGAGUAGAGGAAUAUUUCCUGGAGCCAGGCCAUUGCCAAUCAACCCUAUAGGGAGCAUGGCUGUUGCAGUAAGGAAUGGAAUAACAAACUGCCGGAUGCGGACGGAAAGCGAACAGUCCUGCGGCUCUCCAGUUGUUAGCGGUGACCCAAAGGAGGAUCACAACUACAGCAGUGCCAAAUCUUCCAACCACAGGAGCACAUCACCUGCCAGUGACUCCGUUUCCUCUUCCUCUGCUGAUGACCAGUAUGAAUUUGCAACUAAAGGUAGCCAAGACAGCAGUGAAGGAAGUGAAGUUAGCUUCCAGAGCCACGAGAGCCAUAGCGAAACAGAAGAGGAGGACAAAAAGCAAAGUCGGAAGGAGACCAAGGAUUCUUUAGCUGACAGUGGAUAUGCAUCCCAGCACAAGAAAAGGCAACAUUUAAUGAAGGCGAAAAAAGUACCAAGUGACACACUGCCUCUUAAAAAGAGACGUACAGAAAAGCCCCCUGAGAGUGACGAUGAGGAGAUGAAAGAAGCAGCAGGAUCACUCCUGCAUUUAGCAGGAAUUCGAUCCUGUUUGAACAACAUCACCAAUCGGACGGCAAAGGGGCAGAAAGAGCAAAAGGAAACCACAAAAAAUUAGAACAAAUCAAUGAUUUGUUUGAACUUACAAAGUUUUGUUUCAGCACGUCAGGUGAAUUCUAAUGAUUUGUGGCAAUAUCAGCAAUUUUUUCCUUUUUUGUUUUUCUUCUAUUUCUUUUUGUUUUGUUUAUUUGGGUUUUUUUGUUUGGGUUUUUUUUUUUUGACCCUUAAGAUUUUUAUUUUUAAAGGAGAUUGAAGCCAUAGAACUCAUACUGACACUCAGCUAAUUUACGAAAGCUUUUCAUUACGUGAAGACAAAAAGUUAACAAAAAAAGAAAGCCAAAAUCGCCAUUGCUUUCUCCAGCUUGACAAAAAUGCAUGGUUGAAUACGCAGUGAUUUCAACAUUAAUGUGAUGGGAGUAAAAUUGGGCACUUGGAAAUCCCUCUUAUAGUAGAAGAGCUGUGCAUAAUUUAGUAUUCAUUCAGGCCUGGCCCUUAAGAAUUUUUUUAAUGGCCUUACAAUUGGGUUAGAAGUGAAUGUGAAUAAAGAGAUUUGUGGCAAAGAGGAGGCACGUACUUCUCAACCAAGAACUGUUUAGUGGCACUUGGAGAUGUUGUGCCACACAAGUCUUUGGACAGCCACUGGUGGCAACUGGGCAAGCAGUAAUGCACUUCUAGUGUGUCACGUAUCUUAUGUGGCUCAUAAUGUGAAGACUGAUAACUCUAAGUUUGAGGAAAUUUAAACUAUGUAUGCAAUGGGUUUCAGUGAAAUAAUGAAAUGGGAGGGGUGUGACUGUUAGCAUCGUUAACCAUUGAAUUCUGUCUUCUAUAUUAAAUUGAAAGAAUGUUCAAAAAGCCAUAAGCCUGAAGAUUGGCACUGCGUGCAAAAAAUAAUAGUAAUAGGGAAAAACAAACUAUGUCUUCUAAACUGCCUGAGUGAAAAGUAAUCAAGUCUAAGAAAUUACAGUAGAUACAAUGUACAUCAGAAUAUUUUUCUGUGGAUCGCAUCCUUGAUCUAACAGGGGAAACAAAGCUACAAAACCUGCCAUUAGUAGUAUUCUGUAUUUAAAAAUAGAAAGAAAGCAUAUUGGUGAACAGUAAAAUUCAGAAGUUCAACAAAAGAGCUCCUACACUGCCCUCAGAAGUGAGUGUGCAGUGACCAUCAGUCAGGAUUAAUCUGUGCAAAAAUAACAACAAAUUUCCAGAUUCAACCAGCAUAGCCAGCAGAAGAAAUUUGAUCCACAUUGCAUGGAUUCUUUAGGGAAAGGGGGAAAACAAAAAGCAAACAAUUUUUUUUAUUCAAAGAUGACAAAGUUCUUGUAAGGUAAAUAAUGUAUUUAGCAUGAAGCAUGAAUUAUUUUCAUAUAAAUAUAGAAAAUAGAGAAAAAGGCUAUGCCUCUAAUUUUUAAGCCCUUAGGCUUAGAGUUUGUUUUUUGGGGGUUUUAUUUUUUUGUUUUGUUUUGUUUUUGUUUUGGUUCUUUUUUGUUGUCGUUGGGGUUUUUUUGAAGCAGGUGUUUAAGGUUUAACCUUCUUCAGGGACAAACACUGACUGUUGGGGAACUUACUCUGCAAUAUUAAAAAAUAAAAUCUUCAUGCUCUGGUAGGGCUUGGAUGGUUGAAUUAUACUGCCUUGUCUGCACAUUCAGCCCCCUCUCCCUACUUCUGUUAAAAAAAAAGAAAAAAAAAAGAAAAAAGUAAAAGUGUGUCUUUUCUUCGUCUGUACAUGUGUAACAUGACGCAAUAAUCUGAGGGCAAAUUUAGUAGUGAGUGUGUAUGACAGAAUCAAGAAAAUAAUGGGAGGUUAAUUGAGGAAAACUCUCUGAUUUGAUUCAGGAAUAAGUAGACAAGAAAAUAGCUUUGCUAAUUUGCCAUGAAAAAUUGAAGUUAGUUAAGAGCCUUAUGGAGGUGUCCGAAUAAAAACCAGUGUUACAGAGAGUGUGAUUCAGGUACAGUGCUACUCUGGUAAGGAUGACUAUGAGACUGAAAAUCACUACAGCACAGAGAAGCUGUGAAAUAAACAAAACAGUCUCUCUCACCUGGAUUCUUGCAUUUGGCAUGAAAAAUUCUACACUUAGAAUAUCCUAGAGGCAAAAAGAAAAUUCCAGAAACCAACCACUUAAGAGAACAAAAUGGUUGGUUUCUUAAAGAGUAUAGGUUUAGAUUUAUCACUAACAGCUGUUUCAGGCAGCAGUUUCACCAAGAUGGAUCUAGUUUAUGAAGAGUGAGUUAGAAAAGGGUUUGACUUCCUACUCAGUGCAGUGAGCUAAAAGUUGUAUUUGGAGAUGCCUUUGAUGUGUGCUCAGUUAGGAGGCGGAAGGACUGAAGGACAGGCUGGUCUGGACCUGGUUCUGUGCCCCACAAGCAUUUUGUAUAGAACAGGGCAGCACAGCAAAAGUGUGCCUCUCUUCCAUCUCAGCCAGCAUGUCCUGGGAUCCAGAGGCAGCUUGAUAGCUGCCAGAGCUCAGCACAACUGCCAGCUUAGGAGAUAAGGAAGGAGAGAGCCAUGGAUAGUGCGAGAAGCAGCCUUGUUCCUUUCAGUCUGCAGGGGCCGAUGCAUGCAGCAUUGAUUCCCAGCAUUAGUUAAGUCAGGAAUACAUAGAGAGUACCUUCUGUUGGCUGCCUGCAGCCCUUUAGAUAACAUUGGGGAAAACAGGAAGGACCAGUCCCUUGACCACAUAGCACAGAGAUGACUGGGCUGCCAUCAAUGGAUUAUUUCUGGUCUUUAAAAACAACUUGUCCUUAUUGAUGAGCCAUAACAUUUCCCUUGUCUGAUGAGACUGGGAUAAUCUGCUUCUUCCCAGGUCCAUGCUCUCUACAGCCAAAGUCUGUAGGUGGUGAAGCACACAACCCUGUACAAGAGAACUGGUCUUCAUCUUUUACAGACUUUUGGGAGAGUAAUUUGAAAUAGAAGAUACUACAAUAUCACUUUGCCACCACCUUUGCUCAUUAAUGCAUAGUUGUAUCAGCUCGGGAGCAGCUUAAUAUUUACCAAAAACAGCACUGAAAAAUCUAGUGGCAGAAAAUACAAACCAUGGCUCAGCCAUCUCUGUCCUCCAGGGAAAGCAAUGUGUUUGUGCCGGUGGCCAGAAUUUGUCCGCAACACUAAUUCCAGAGCAACUUCUCUGAUUGCAGUGUGUAAGUGCAAAUGAGAUCAGUAUCUGCUGAAAAACAAGUACCAUUCAUUAAUGUGGACUCUUGGUGGCUAAAUAUAUAAUGACCACUAGUAUUACUCAUCUUAGAAAACAGUCAUUUUGCAUAAAUAUCUAAUUAGGCAGGUUAACUUUAAACAGAUAUAUAUAUAGAUAUAUAUGUAUAACACCUAUCUAAGACUUCAACAAGUUCUCUGUAUACUUCCUGGUAAUCCUAAAAUGUUGGCAAACAUCUAUUUUCAUAAAAAAUUUGUUUCUCCUAGUGUGAUCUGCUAGGAAGGUAUUCUUUGGUAGGAUUUUACAAAGUUAUGUUCAGGAACCAGCAGUUUGGGCUGCCAUCAAUGGAUUAUUUCUGGUCUUUAAAAACAACUUGUCCUUAUUGAUGCUUACUCUGGCUGUUGAUGAGAAGUACAUAAUUUGGAUUGUAUAAGGUAUUUAGGAGUCACCUUUUAAACCAUAUUUGUGCCUGGCUGACAAUGACAACUUUGUCAGAACUGGUUCUACUCCAUCAGAGAAGUUCUCUUUUUUUGUGUAAGAACUGAAAUUGAUUUGUUUUCCAAGAAAUACAAUGUCAGCUUUUAAUCGAGUUGUCUUUACUUCAACUGAAUGAUGUCAAAAUGUACUGGUAAUUGCACUGUAUUACAAACUCUCUCACUUGCCAGAUAGGAGGUGGUGUGGUUUUGCUUGUCUGCUUUCCUUCUAAGCCAUUUUGGGGUGAGAAGUUGUCAAAUCUGUAACUUCCCCUUCUUCUCACUCUAAGUAUUGCCAAAUUAGCGUUUCUCCAAGACAGGUGGGGGCGAGGUCAGCAGGUGUUCAGUGGUGAGUUUCACAUGGGCAUGAAUUGUAAGGGUUGCUGGACUUCAUGGCGAGUUCCUUUGGAAUAUGCCUUUUGCAGCAAGAAGCUCUUGCAGGCCAGAGCUAAUGCCAUAAGCAGAUUUCACCAGCAUCUCCAGGGAGGUGAAAUCUGCUGAUCGUGCUUGCAUUCUGCAAGCAGUUGGAUGUCCUACUGCAUUUUGGUGCAGAUUCUGCCUGCAUUUAAACAUGCAAGCACAGGUCUUGAACAGCUUAAAUGUAUCACCCCAUAGCUGUUUCUGAAAGCAGUCUGCUUCUGAUCUUCUCCUGGCAAAAUUGGCAGUAGUUCUACAAAGAUCACAGGGCUUUACAGCUGAAAAGCUGAAUGUGGGGGUGAGGAGGUGUGCCCUGUAGGACUAGAGAACUGUCCUGAGAUUGUUCUCUCCAGCAAUUGAGGUUCAUCUUCUGGUUCCUCUCCUACCUUAAUGAGAAGGGAAUGCCAGAGGAGAUGCAUUGGCUCCCAGUGUUCAGCUGAAUUACUGUCUACUUGUGGAAAAGAUACAGAAAAAAGCUGGAGGCUGCAUUCUUCACUGGAGUGAGGUAGAGAUACAUCGACAUACUUUAGCAGAAAAUGAAAUCAUAAAUUGUAUGCCAAAUGGCACCACGGAUAAAAUUACCAAAACAACACUUUGUCCUGGUUUCUUAGUAGUGGUAAUUUAUUUUCACUGAGAUUUUGGCUCCCAUCCCAAUCCAUCUAAAGAUGUAGAUCAUAGAAUCAUAAAAUUUGUUGAGUUGGAAGGGACCCAUCCGACUCUUGGCCCUGCAUAGGACACACCAUGGGUCUGGGUCAUGGCCUGGUCUGGUCAUGGCCUAUGGGUCUGAGAAUGCACAAUCUGAGGUCUUCUAGAACUUGAAGGUGUCUGGUCUCCUUUGCAGUUAGUGGAGCUAUAGACACCCAAGUGCUCCUGGAAGCCUUUACCAUUUUACUAUUAUUAUUUUUAUUGUUACUACAGUUUUUGCUUUAAUCCAACCCUAGGCAUUUUUGAAAACAUUACUCUCCCAUGCUCCAGGAUCAAAAUAAAACUACUGAGAAAAUGCAUUUCCAAUGCAAUUUACUUCACUUCCUGGAGAAUGCAAACCCAGCUCCUUCAGGCACAUCACUACUGCCUGACUGGCUCAUUGGCAUAUUUUAUAGGAAAUACUUUGAAACAUUUUCUUAACUUUGCCACCAAAAGAGCAUUUGAACCAUACAUCCUCCUGAUUGUAACAGAGUAUCAGUGUUGACCGUCUGACCAGUUAAGUUUUAGUAGUGUUCUUCACAGCCCUCCAGUAAUAUAUCAAACACUGUUAUGCACAUAAUGCAGCACUGUGAUCUAAUUUAAAUAAUACUUUUUUAUUAUUUAUACUACUCUAUGUAAUAUACAUCAACACUUUGCUAUAUAACCUAAGUGAUAACCCUCUUAGUUACUUGCCAAACUCUGAAUUUCUGUUUGAUUUAUAUUGCAAUUAGCACAGUUACCAAGUUGUAAUGAUGUCUCUUUUCCUUUGAAAUGGGAUGUGUAAGUCAAACUAUACAUUUUGUGUGUUUCUGUUUUGAGAUGAAGUUUCUAAGGAUUUACACACAACAUUCAGUGUUCUGUAUAAAUCUGCAUACAUUUGUAAAUUCAUCUGUUAAUCCCCUUUUCUUUAGAAAGUAUUAAUUGAUGGUGGUUUAUUAGGGAUUUUUAUUUUUGCAUUUUUAUUUUUAGUACUGGUUAUUCUUGAAUUAAGCAGAGACUUGUCAGCUGGGUUGCUUUAUCUUUGAUCAUGUACAUGACCUUAUAAUUCUUCCACAGUUCAGCAAACAAGUACUAGCUUCACUGACCAAAAAAAAGUCUCAACCUAAUGUGUCUAUGGUGCUGUAUUUUGCUGGUAUACAUUUAAAACCAGAAAUAAUUUAAAGGUCACUUUUUAGUUCUAAUAAGUAGCCUUUCCUGGUUUGGGGAGUUUGGGUUUUGUUUUAGCAUUGAAAACAAGGUAUAUUUAUCUGAAGCUAUAUAAUGGGUUUUCUACUGUAUCACAUUUCCUUUUGCAAAGAGGGGAAUAUCAGCCUGAUGCAACAUCCUUUCACAAUCAGUGGGAGGGGGUUUUGUUUCACUUUUUUAUUUUCAGUGGAUUUCGUGAGGCUUUGGAUCAGGCCAGCAGUUACAGGAGCUCAUCAUCCGAGGGUUUAAGGGAUAAAUGACAAUUGUGCUGGCCUUUAGUGCUAGAAGGGAUUUUACCGAAUACUAAAACUACAUGCUGGACUCUGGAAUGGCUGACAAUCUAAAAUGGGAAUCUUUUUCAUUUGUUUACUCUGGCCUGAAAUCCCAAGACCUUCUUUUUUUGUUUGGAUGACAUUGAACUUGAGUACAUUUUUAAGUUACUAGAGCAUUGUACAUUUCCUGAGUAUGUGUGUGGGACAGCAAUUGAAAGUCAUACCUGUUAUCUGAUAACCAGUUCCAUGCCUGCAUCAUUCACACUCACUACUUAAAACUGCCAUGAUGUAAAAUGUUGGGGGGAAUGAUUUGUGUGUGUAUGAAAAGCAUUAUGAACUUGUACAUUUUUUUAUACUCUGAUCUGUAAUUUCUGAAGUAUUUUGUUUUACAGAAAAAGUGAUAAAGCAAUCAAAAGACCAAGAGAUUUAGUAUCAAUGCUUAAGGGUCACAGGACCUUAACUGGCCAAUAAGUUAAUUUAGUACAGUGAUAAGCCAGUUUUUUUUCCUGUACUUGGCGUCUGAAACUGCCAAUUUCAUCAAUAUUAAAAUACGAACUGUGACGGGGAAUGAACAGUGAUGUUAAGUUGUAUUUGUGUUUACCUAAAUGAGCAGUCCGAAGGCAAGUGCAAUCAGCUGAUCUUUAGGAAAUAUGAAAUUGUUGAUUUAGAGGCAUACUUGCAUUUUACAUUUUCUUGAUGUGUAAUCAUAUUGCCAAAGACAAACUAUUUCAUCAAUUAUUAUUGUAAAUAACACUUUCCCAAAACCUACCAUAAAGUUUCUGUGAUGUAUUGUCUUCCAGUUGCAAUAAAAAUUACUGAGUUGCAUCAA